AUGGGAGCUACUCCUUUCCACCCAUAUAUCCUCAAGGUUUGCCUACCGAAGAACUUUGACAAGCCAACGAACAUGAAGUAUGAUGGGACUAAAGACCCACAAGAGCAUUUAACAACCUUUGAGGUCAGGAUGAACUUGGAGGGUGUGGGUGAUGCUGUCAGAUGCAGUGCAUUCCCUUUAACCCUGGUGGGCCCAGCAAUUCGUUGGUUCAACGUACUUCCGCAAGGGUAUAUUACAACCUUUGCAGACAUUACAAAAGGGUUCUUCGUGCAUUUUACCACUCGAAUUUUCAAGGCCAAGUACUCGAUUAACUUACUUGAGGUGACCCAACAGUCUAGCGAGCCAAUGAGAAAGUUCCUCGACCGGUUCAAUGACAAAUGCUUAGAGAUUGAUGGCCUAACAGACUCGGUGGAGAUCCAAAAUGCAGCGAGGGAAUAUAUCAAUGAAGAAGAAGUCAGCCAAGUGGUGGCUGCCAACAAACAGCAGCCAUACAACCAGCUAACUCGUCAAGCUAGCUACCCGGAAAAGCCAACAGAGGCCCCAAAGGAAGGAACGUCUGAGAAACCAUUUAAACCAUUUCCUUGGGUGGAUAAAUUCACUAAAUACACCCCCUCACGACACCCAUCAUUAAGGUCUACCAGUAGAUCGUGGGUAAGGUAUACUGGCCAAGCCAAGGUAGCCCAAGGACCGAAUGGGGGGAACAAAAGCUUGUAUUGCGAUUACCACAAAGGCUUUGGCCAUAAGAUGCAAGACUGUUUUGAUUUGAAGAAUGCGUUGGAGCAGGCCAUUCAGGAAGGAAAGCUAGCAGAGUUCUCGCAGUUAUCCAAGAACCAAAGAGAAGGGAAAGAGAAUGAUUUGAGGAAGAUCAGAGCCAAACUAUGA